GGCCCUGGAGGCCCUGGAGCAGGAGGAGCAGCAGAGAAGAGACAGGGCACCUGCCCAGUGCUGGGAGCUGAAGAAACUCCACACAAAUAGACCUGCAACCAGGAAAGUGCAAGAUUCCAGAGGGGUCUGGAGAGGAACUGGGGGAGGCAGCAGGGGGAGGAGGCUUUGGAGUGGGAACGCUAAUUACAGGUAACAUUUCACCUGGUGAGGCAGGUGGGGAAGGCAUUGCAGGGGGAGGAGCAACCGAGCGAAGGCCUGGAGGCUGGGGGGAAUCAGAGUCCAGGGAGCUGGGAGUCCUCCAGGCCCCUGGACCAGGCCCUGUGGAGUCAGGAGGGUGAGAAAGACAGGAGUAGGAGCAUCAGGAGGGCCUGGUGAUGGGCUAAGGGCUCUGAAUCUGACCCUGCCUUUACCCCUCCUAUCCCUGCCCAUAGAGUAUGUGCUGUACCACUUGGAGGGAGAUGUUUGGCAGAAUCUCUGUCUACCCACGGGGAGGGGAGGGCUCUCUGUCUGGCCAUGUGGUUGGGCAGGGACAGGCUUCCCCACAGUCCUCCCUUUUCCCAGAAACAGCCUUUCCAGGAAGUGACCUGGAGGCUAAAAGAGGAAGACACUUGCAAUAGAAACCCAGCAGAAGGAAGCACCACCCAACAUCCACACCCAGCUGUGUCCCAAGACAAAGGAUUGUUGUGAGAACUAAAAGUAAGUGAAUUCAUAUGAAGCAAUUGGAAAAGUGCCUGGUGCAUAGUGGGGUGUCAUCAACGACAAUAGCUAAUCAGUAUUAGGGUGAGGUCACACCUCUUUCCAGCCUGACGGAAACAAGGAGCUGACGGGAGAUCUCUGAGACCCUGCUGCUGCCAUCAUGAGCUCAGAAAACCUCGGAGACCGCCUAGAUAUUGAGAUCUUCUUUGAGGAAGUCACUGAGUGUCUCUGGGACAUACUGAGCAGGGAGGAACUGCUUCUCUUGCUGACUGAAUUCCUGAGGAAAAUUGAGGCGAAGGCUGGUUUGUCCAGGGAAGACAUGAAUGCACUACAUGAAUAUCUGAAUGAAUUGAAAGGAGACUUGGCUGGGAAGGACCAAGAAACGCUCCCAAAAGAGCAGCUGGACAGGAGGAGGUUUCUGAGAAAGUUUCCUCGGGUGACUCAGCAGCUGGUGGAGCUCAUAAGCAAGCUCCAGGAGCUUGCAGACAAUGUAGACAAAGUCCACAGGGACUGUACCAUCUCCAAUGUGGUGACCCACAGCACCGGCGCUUUAUCUGGCGCCCUGACCAUCCUUGGCCUGGCUCUGGCACCCGUGACAGCCGGGGCCAGUAUGGCGCUCUCAGCCACUGGGAUAGGGCUGGGAGCAACAACUGCUGUGACUGCUGUGUCCACCAGCAUCGUGGAACAUGUAAAUAGGUCAUCAGCAGAAAAGAAAGCCAGUCAAUUGAUGUCAAUUGCUGUCAAGAAAUGGAAGGUGCUCCUAGAGGUACUCAAGAGCAACCCCCACGUUGUUGUCACAACAGAGAAAUUGGCAAAAGCCGAGAAACACCUGGAAAGAAAUAUCCAUGCCAUGGAGACAGGCGAAGCCAACCCUGACUCUGCAGCUAAUGCAAACAUCCUCGUGAGCCCUGGGAGAAUCUCAGCCCCAGCCAUCCAGCAGGUAGAGGUAGCUUUCAAAGGCACAGCUUCGGCAGUUACCAAAGGAGCCCGAAUCGUGGGUGCGGCCACUGCAGGUGUCUUCCUCCUGGUGGAUGUGGGCUUCUUGGUGAAGGAGUCAAUGCACCUGCACAAUGGCGCAAAGACAGCAUCAGCUGAAAACCUGCGGCAGCAGGCCAGGGAGCUGGAGAGGAAGCUGGAGGAGCUUACCCAGAUCUAUAAGCAUCUGCAAGAGGACCCAACUCCACCACCCCCAGAGCACUGAGGGUCCAGGGACACAUUCAGGGUCAAGGUGCGGAGGUACCUUGUUAGGGGAAAAAGGAGAGUGAGACAAAAUUGUUGGAGCUGAGGGUUAGGAAACUGGCAUUUCUGCAGCUGAGCUCGGGAGGGGAGGGGUGAAUGUAGGUGAUAGAUGGGGAGAGAGGAGGAGCCCAGAAUAAGGGAGGAAGGGGGACUAGAGAAUGGGUGGGGGCCGAGGGAGAAACCUCUUAUUUUUUUCAUACUAUGAACCUUUUGUUUUGUAUUGAGGAACAGGCGAUUAACAGUGGUGAGAUAGUUUCAGGUGGACAGUGAAGGGACUCAGCCAUACACACACAUGUAUCCAUUCUCCCCCAACUCCCUUCCCAUCAGACACCAGUUACGUUGAACUAAAGAAGUCACUGGGGGCAGAAUAAAAGGAGAGGCAGGGGAACUAGCAACAAGAGACAAGAAAUACAAAAGGGUUGAAAAUGGGAGAUAGAGAGGUAGGAUUGUUGGGAUCCAGGAGAAGCAGCAGGGGCUGCUCUAUUGCCCUUCCCAGGGUUUGACCCCCCAGCAAGAAGAGUCUCCUCCUGGCGGUGGCCUGGAGCCCUACUGCUCCAAUCACUCACCUUUGAUUCCAGCAUUUUAUCUCAAUUAGGGUGUGACUUCUUUUGUCUGCUUGUUUCUUUAAUUGAAGUAGAGUUGAUUUACAAUAUUCUGUUAGUUCAGGUAUACAUUGAAGUGAUUCAGUUAUACAUAAUCUCUGUAUAUAUCUACAUUCUUUUUUAUUUUUUCAUUACAGAUUAU